AUGGAGGCGGCGGUGGAGGCGGCGGAGGGAGUGGGGGUGGCGGUGGGAGUGGUGGCGGGGGUGGAGGUGUCGGUGGCGGCAGUGGAGGCGGAGGCGGAGGCGGCGGUGGCGGUGGUAGCGGAGGUGGCGGAGGUGGCGGCGGAGGAGGAGGCUGAGGCGGAGGAGGUGGAGCUGGUCGCGGUGGCGCUGCGCAGAGGGUCGGCUCCGGUGGUGGGGUAG